CGAAGCACGAAGCGGUUAUCGUAACAUCCAUCCAUUCUUCCACAUCUAAGUACCUUAUUAGUACUCCGUACUCGGCUCAUCUUAUCUUGUGUUGUGUUGUCUUGGGGACGGUGAUAUUGUCAGUUGAUUACAUUUCUGUUGCGUCUGGGGCUGGACUGGACUGGACUGGACUGGACUGGUUAGUCGUUGUUAUCGCGGUCCAUCGAAACACUUUCACAUUUCACAGCAAUCGCAAUCGACGCAGCACCAUUUUCCUGGGUCUUCUAUCAAUGCACAAUGCCCAAUCCCACCACCAUCACCGUCGGCGUGCUCGCCUUGCAGGGAGCAUUUCUCGAACAUUUAAAUCUCCUUAGACGAGCGGCGACACAAUUACAGUCACAAUCAGAUUCAACAUCACAAGAUGAAUUACACUUUGAUUUAAUUCAAGUUCGAAAUGUGGCUCAAUUAUCAAAAUGUGAUGCUUUGAUUAUUCCCGGUGGCGAGAGCACGACCAUGUCUUUGGUGGCUGCGCAAUCUGGUUUAUUGGAACCACUUAGAGAAUUUGUCAAAGUCCAUCGAAAACCGACCUGGGGUACAUGUGCAGGUCUCAUUCUCCUUGCCGAGGCAGCAAACGCGACCAAAAAGGGAGGUCAGGAACUCAUUGGUGGACUUGAUGUGCGAGUCAAUCGUAAUCAUUUUGGUCGACAGGUCGAGAGUUUCCAAGCAGACUUGGAUCUUCCUUUCUUAAACGAGGCCGCGAAUCAAACUAAUGGUUCAUCAUCAUCCCCGGCGCCAUUUCAAGGCAUCUUCAUCCGAGCGCCGGUGGUGGAAAAAAUCCUGCCAAAUGUGGAUGGAAUCCAAAAGGACGAACAACAGGUCGCUGAGACGGUGGUGGCACCUUCAAAGUCGGCAAAGGAUGACCGCGCCCGGUUGGCCAUGAGUUCUACUGUCGAGAUCAUGGGCAAGUUGCCCGGUCGGGUCAGAAAGGCAUCGACAGGCGGGGAGGAGGUCAGUGCUGGUGACGAGGUUGGUGAUAUCAUCGCAGUCCAACAGGGAAAUGUAUUUGGCACCAGCUUCCACCCCGAAUUGACCGCCGAUGCGAGGAUCCAUGUCUGGUGGUUGAACCGAGUGGUCGAGUCGACUGAUCGAAUGGCUGUAUGAUGAGGGUUUGUUUUAGGAUCCAGGUCGCGAUGGCAUUGUCCCCGUCAAUAGCGUUGAUGCAGCAUACUCAGAUAGAUAGUGACUUCAGGCGUGAUAGACAUAGAAACACGUGCUUCCUA